AGAAUUAUGGGGCGCAAGGCAACGCCAUUUUCGUAGAGGGACUGGAGCUGUCAGGAGAUGCCCUGUAGACUAUUGUUGAAAUUAUUAUAGAAAACCAAAUACCUUUGAGGUUCUCAACGAGCAGACGAACAUGUAACCUGUCAGAGUAGUCUGUGUUUGUUUUAAAUCUGCCCUUUGCCCGGAGCGUCGAGAAGUGGUAACUUGGCUAGCUAGCAAUUUGCUAGCCAGUGCUUAUUAGCGAUCUAGCUACCAAAUAAUUAUCAAUACAAACAACGCUGGACUGAGUCGAGCCAAACUUGGAAAUACGGGUGGCAGGGACUGCUGGUUUUAGCCAGGUCGGUCUUCUCAGCUCAGUUUAAAUAACUUAAGAAGGAAGUAAAAUAAUACGUUCGAAUUACAUAGCCCACGGUGUGCAACCAUACGACUGGAGCAAAGCCGGGUAUCAAACACAGCCCUGUCAGACAUCGCCAGGCAACUGGAUGUUCGGAAGAACGGAUGUAUGAGAACAUGUCCACGAUGGUGUGCGUGAAGGAGGACCCGGGCGAGAAGCUGUCCCAGGAUGAGAUCAUCUCCAAGACCAAGCAGGUGAUCCAGGGCCUGGAGGCCCUGAAGCACGAGCACCACUCCAUCCUGGACGGCCUGCUGCAGACACUCAACUGCCUGAAGCAGGAUGAGGAGACCAGCCUGGUGGAGGAGAAGUCCCACAUGAUCCGCAAGUCCCUGGAGAUGCUGGAGCUAGGGCUGAGCGAGGCACAGGUGAUGAUGGCUCUGUCGGGCCACCUGAGCUCGGUGGAGUCGGAGAAGCAGAAGCUGCGGGCGCAGGUGCGGCGGCUGUGCCAGGAGAACCAGUGGCUGCGGGACGAGCUGGCCAACACCCAGCAGAAGCUGCAGAAGAGCGAGCAGAGCGUGGCCCAGCUGGAGGAGGAGAAGAAGCACCUGGAGUUCAUGAACCAGCUCAAGAAGUACGACGAGGACCUCUCCCCUUCUGAAGAGAAAGACUCGGACUCCAGCAAGGAGACGCUGGACGACCUCUUCCCCAACGAUGAAGACGACCAGGGUCCAGGCAUCCAGCAGCAUAACAGCAGUGCGGCGGCCGCUGCCCAGCAGGGAGGCUACGAGAUCCCGGCCCGCCUGCGCACCCUGCACAACCUGGUGAUCCAGUACGCCUCCCAGGGCCGGUACGAGGUGGCCGUGCCCCUCUGCAAGCAGGCCCUGGAGGACCUGGAGAAGACCUCCGGCCACGACCACCCCGACGUGGCCACCAUGCUCAACAUCCUGGCCCUGGUGUACAGGGACCAGAACAAAUACAAGGAGGCAGCCAACCUGCUUAACGACGCCCUGGCCAUCCGGGAGAAGACCCUGGGCAGGGACCACCCAGCGGUGGCAGCCACUCUGAACAACUUGGCGGUACUCUACGGCAAGAGGGGCAAGUACAAGGAGGCGGAGCCACUGUGCAAGCGGGCGCUGGAGAUCCGAGAGAAGGUGCUGGGCAAGGACCACCCGGACGUGGCCAAGCAGCUGAACAACCUGGCGCUGCUGUGCCAGAACCAGGGCAAGUACGACGAGGUGGAGUACUACUACCAGCGCGCCCUGGAGAUCUACCAGACCAAGCUGGGCCCCGACGACCCCAACGUGGCCAAGACCAAGAACAACCUGGCGUCCUGUUACCUCAAGCAGGGGAAGUUCAAGCAGGCGGAGACGCUGUACAAAGAGAUCCUCACCCGGGCGCACGAGAGGGAGUUUGGGUCGGUGGACGAUGAGAAUAAGCCCAUAUGGAUGCACGCGGAGGAGAGAGAGGAGCAGAGCAAGGGGAAGCAGAAAGACGGCUCGCCUUUCGGGGAGUACGGCGGGUGGUACAAGGCCUGCAAGGUGGACAGCCCCACAGUGACCACCACGCUGAAGAACCUGGGCGCCCUCUACAGGCGGCAGGGCAAGUUCGAGGCCGCCGAGACCCUGGAGGAGGCCGCCAUGCGCUCCCGAAAACAGGGUCUGGACACGGUGCACAAGCAGCGUGUGGCGGAGGUGCUGAACGACCCUGAGUCGCGGGAGAAGCAGCGCAGCCGCGAGAGCCUGACCUCCGACGUGGUGAAGUAUGAGAGCGGCCCGGAUGGGGGCGAGGAAGUGAGUAUGAGCGUGGAGUGGAAUGGGGACGGCUCGGGCUCUCUGAAGCGCAGCGGCUCCUUCAGCAAGCUGCGCGCCUCCAUCCGCCGCAGCAGCGAGAAGCUCGUCCGCAAGCUGAAAGGCGGCGGCUCUCGAGACAGCGAGCCCAAGAACCCUGGCAUGAAGCGUGCCAGCUCACUGGGUGUUCUAAACGUGGUGGACAAGGCUGCUGGAGAACCCUUUCAAGAACGAAAUAAUCGUCUGAAAAAAGGCCGUGACCUGAGUGCCAGCCACACGGACCUGGCGCAUUGAUGGUCCAAUCAGGAACCUCGGGGGAUAGCCAGGCGAUGUGAGGAGACGGUGGACGGGAGUUUCUAGCAAUUUCCUCUCCUCCUCCAGUCUGAGUCCCUCCAUCAUCACCUGACAUCACCUUUUCCUUUCCCAACCCACAACUUACACAACCGACUCUGAACAUGCUGUGUUAUUAAGUCUUUGUAGGCCAAGGUUUAGCUCUUGUGAUUGCACUUUGAUGGCCGUCUUGUUGUUGGUCUUCUAGAAGGUUGUAUUUAAUUUCAUUUUAUUAAUGUUAGCUGUGGGGCUUCCAUUGUGAAGCAUGUCGUAAUGAAGGAUACAGACUUGUAAGGGGAUGCAAUUCCUGUGAGUGACAGAAGGGGGCGUUAUGAUGCAUUGCCCUGAGGGUGAAUGCAGUCAUAGGUGGUUGCUUUUCCUUUCUGUUUCUCUGUGAGUCAGUUAUCUCCAUGGAGAUAAUUAUCCAGAACAGUCCAGCUCUCCACUGGACUGAGUGGGCAGCACUGUUCUGAUGGUUCUAUAGCACUAGUAUCUGAUGCCUACUGUAGUUUCUUGCACAACCAUGCCUUGUGUCUCACUCCUCUUGCCUCCAAAUUUACGGUUUUGAUUGGCGAAGUGCUAUAUUGUAUUUUAUAAAGGUAUCUGUUUACAUUGGGUGGUGUAACUUAUGAAAUAUUUUUUACUUAUUCUUUUGAAGGGGGGUUUAACUUCUGGGGAUUUUAAAGGCCUUGAAACAAGCAUUUCCUCCCAGCUGCUUAAAAGCUGGGUUAGUGAUAAGAAAGGCAAGAUUUAUUGAGUGGUUGGAAUGUGGUUGCAGCACAUAACUAAUGAACCACUUUGCUGUCUCAAAGGAAGCAGAUUUUACUUUGCAAUGGCCUUUGGUGCACACUUUGCUCUGAUUCAUUUAAACGCACACCUCCAAGAAUGGAGCUGUCGCCAUCUGAAACUGGACAGAACAAAAUCAUUCCCCGGACUUGCAUUUAACUGAAGUCAACACUAUCCUAGUGCUAUAUAUUUUGAUAGUACAGACCUCCAUUUACGGCAUUUAGGAAAGGGGCACUUUGUGAGAUUUUUCAUAUUUUUUUAUAUGCCACUCAAAAAAUAAACAUUCAAAGUGUAACCCCCCUUUUUUUUUAUAAAUGCAAUGCCUGAGUACAUUACACUUUUAACUCUAAAUCAGAUUCAACAUUGCUCAGUUUAUGGACUCCGAUGAUCUCUAAACAAUUACAGGCAAGAGUCUACUUUCAGAUAAAAUGGUGCUGCUGAUCAUGUCAGGUAUGAUGUAACAUGAGGUGUUAUGUUACUCAUCAUUAGGCAGUGACAAUGAUCAGCUGACCACAAGUAAUUGGAACUUCCAUCUCCCAGGAGUGGGAGAAAUGUUAUCCUUACAGCCCAGUAAUACCAUCAACCUACAUGUGUGUGGAAGUUAAGUCAGCAGUGAUUGGAAUUGCACAUUCUCUUAAACAGGUGUACAGAAUCCCAGUAGAAUACUCUAGCCUACUCUAGAAUACUCUACUCCUAAGCCUUAAAGAUGAAUUUGACUCUUAGCUCUUGCCUUUAUUUGUGUCACGUGGCUUCAGGGAUUUUCAUAAAGUGCUAACUAUCGCUGCUUUCUCUGUACCUAUACUGCUCGGUUGGUUCUUGGCCUAAUGUGGUCGUUGCUGAGCCCAGCUUAACUUGUGAGAUUGUGAUCUGAUGGCCUUCAGAGUGGCUGUCUGCAGAGAUUCUCUGUAUUGACAAUGAUCCCGUUUACUCAGGACGAUGAAAUAAAGGCAGUCCCUUAAAAUCCCAUAAACCCCCAAGAGUCCCAUCGUGUGACUAUUGACCACGAGUCAUGCUGUAAGGCACAGAAGAGGAACGUGGAGAACGCUGCAAAGAAGUGAAGCUUCUUAAGUUCGAACAUAUUUUUCUCACUCAGGGGAACAGUGACAUGAAGCUCUUGUUGAGGAACCUUUCACAAAAACCAACGGUAACGUAAAGAUGAUGGGUCACGUGUAAAGGAAGGGUGGAGCAUGUCCAGGAACAAAGGGAAAGACAAGUCAAGUGUGUGGAUCUACAACCCAUCGAGCAGCAUUGCUUUCCUGUGAUUGACUGGCCCAGGUCAAAGUACUCCUAGUCAUCUGUAUCAUUUAAUGCAGAUGCUGAAUUUUGCUUGCAGAAAAUCAUUUAUACCCUCUCCUCAGCAUUGUACAGUCUGUUACAAUCUAGCAAGCAUGAAACAAGUCCAGAUGGCUGCAGUGUGACUAUGUGCAAUAUUGGAACUGCUCUUUUUGAAAGCUGUUGUAGAAUUUUUUUUGCAUACCCCCACAUUGUUGACAAAGAGAUUAGAUUUGCCUUGCUCUCACUAAAGCCUUAGAUCCUACACUCUUUCAGUGUCUGUAAACGACUAUAUAGCAAAAUGCUAAAUUCUGCUGUACUUUUGCUGCCAGUACCUUUAGCAUGUUACAUUACAGCCCAGCAAACAAAUGUUCUUCGUUUUUUUGACAUGUUACUCGCUGCUAUGUUACAGCAUUGUUGAGAGACCAUUGUGUUAGUUGGGAGAUCAGUGAGUGUAAACUGUCUGUAAACUUCAGCUUUAUUUGUCAAGUUGUCUGACUGUUGAUCGGUUUGUCUUUUGAUCAAAAUAUUUUAAAUGUUUAUUUUUAUUUUGUAGACAAGGGUUACUGAAAAAGCACCAAAGGGACUGAAUGACUUAAGAGCUUUUAAGUUUGAAGGCACAUAUGGAUUUGAAGUUAAAGUAAUACAAGUCAUCUUUUGAUAAUAAUUUGUCUGUAGUCUAAGUGUUAAAAACCAUGCCCCUUUUCCACAUUCUCAUAAUACAUUUCAGCAUUUGUACAUUUAAAGGAAAACUUUUUGAAUUGAAACCAUAUUCAGCAUAGCUAAACUAAGAGAAACACUGAGGGCAUUGAACACCAAUUUAUCCUCUUAAUUAUUUCAAUUUUAAAAAAUGAAUUCCAAAAGGGUGACGAGUGCAAAACAGCGACUGAGUCUUCAGCUCCAGUCUUGGGCCAAACCUUCAUGUUAAUUUGCAGUCUCAAUGUAAUUGGUCUCAAAAGAGCUUAGUCUUGAUCUCAUUAAAAUGUUUACGCUAUCAGACAUUGCAUGUGAAAUAUAUGGCUCAGUGCUGGUCUUGGUCUCCAAUUUUGCAUGACCAAACGUUACAUUCUUGAUCUUAGUCUCUGACAGUGGUCUAGACUCCCAUGACUUUUGCAACACUAAUAAGACUACUGCAAUAAUUGAUAGAUCUUGUUACUAAAAAAAAUAUGAAGGCAAUAUUAAAUAUGUGGUACUUUCAUUAAUAUGAAUCAUUAAAAGAAAAAUGUGGCAAAUGGAAAGUUCUUUUAGAUUAAUACAGCAACUUAUGAUCCUAUAUGCCAGAUCUUACUGGGUGACUUGCAUGACAUAACCCUGUUUUAGCUGUUGAUAAUGUGCUGUUGGUUUGACAUUCUUUAAAGUGCACUACUUGUUCCUUCCUGUGGGUGGCACUGUGGGUGGUAGGGAGGCGAGGGCUGGGCAGAGGCAGACUCAGUUCAGCGCUAUGCUGCAGAGGCCACUCGUGUCCAUGCUGCCUGUUGAGCUGGCUACAUCCUCUGCCUCUCCAGGGUGGUGAAACAUAGCCUCUACAAAUAACUGUAUGGUAAAUCUAUACAAAAACAUCAAUAAAAAGGAAAAUGUUCCACUGCU